AUGGCUGCGUUCCCGACGGGGAAGCCCCGCGAAGAGGAUCAUCUCGAGACGGUCAUCUGUAAGACGUGCAAGAGGCCGGUGUUGAAGCAGAAUGCGGUGGAACAUAUUCGGGGUUGUAUUCGUGCGAAGCAAGAGAAGGCCAGGAAGAAGAAGGAGGCGAGGGAUGCGGCGAAUCGCGCAAAGGAGAAGGGUGAUAAGGAUGGUGAUGAAGAUGUCGGUGCUGGUGAGAAGGGUGAGGGUGGUGAAGAUUCGAUGAAGGGUCAGAAGAGCGCGAAGAAGUCCGCUGUUAAGGGAAUGGCGGAGGAUGGGACGAAAAAGGGGAAGAAGCGCAAGACGGAGGCCGGUGAGGAUGAUAAGGAUAAGGAGCCGAAGAAGAAGAAAAAGAAGGAGGAGCCCAAACCGAAAGUGCCUAAACCGAAGGGCCCUGUUGAUGUUGAGAAGCAGUGUGGUGUUACUUUGCCGAAUGGUGCACAGUGCGCUAGGUCGUUGACUUGUAAGAGUCACUCGAUGGGCGCGAAGAGAGCUGUUCCGGGGCGUUCGUUGCCGUAUGAUAUGCUGUUGCAGGCGUAUCAGAAGAAGAACCAGGCGAGGCAGCAGAAGGCUGCUAUUGAUGCGAAUGCUCCGCUACAAGAUGAUUUGGAUAAUAAUGGGCCCGUUGACUCGGAUGAAGAGAAAGAUACUGUCAUGGCGGCCAUUUCUCGUUCUCAUCCAUACCCGAUGGUGACUCAUACAUUGAUCUCGACGAAGAAGAAGUACCAAUAUGUGCGGAUCAAGGAGAUGCUGUCCCAUGCAUUGGGCGGUUCACGCGGUGGUGGGCUCUUCUCGACAGGAGAUACUCUCUCCUCUCCGUUUCCGGAUGGCGGCAGCCUGUUCACCCCUGUAGAGGAGGUGUCAGUGCCUGAGCCUAUGGCCGUGGAUGAGCCGGAGCCGGCAGAAACGCAGGAAAAUGCGACAGAUGCUGGUGCGAAGACACCGGCACCUGAAGCCAAGCAGGUGCCUGUGGCGGCUAGCUCGUAG